AUGCUGCUUGCAAAUGGGGGGAAGAUGGAUUCCGUGUCUAUUCCUAGCGUUUUGAUUGCUUGUGGGAGGGAAGGAGACUUGAUGAAAGGCAAAGAAGUUCACGGUUACGUUUGUAAGAACUCUGAGUUUGAUGUGGAUGCUCCCGUUGGUAAUGCCUUAAUUGACAUGUAUGGGAAGUGUGGAUGCUUGAAUGAUUCAGAGAAGGUUUUCAGGACAAUGCCCCACAUGAACGUGGUUACGUGGACUACCAUGAUAUCAUGUUAUGGGAUGCACGGAAAUGGGGAGGAAGUUAGGAAGCACUCUUGCUCCUCUCCUGGGUAUCUUGUUGAAGCACUUGAGUUGUUGAAGAGCAUGAAAUCAUUAGGAACAGGAAACAUCUGGGGUGCCUUUCUUGCUGGUUGUGUAAUGCACAAAGAUGUUAAGAUUGCAAAGAUUACGGCUCAUCAUCUUUUUCAGUUAGAACCAAAUAAUACUAGUCACUACAUAGCCCUCUGUGGCAUCUAUCAGUCUCAUGGUAUGCUUGAUCGAAUUGCAACAGUUAGAGAAAGAAUGAGGGAUCUAGAUCUGGUUAAAACUCGUAGUUGUAGCUAG